CGUACGGCUACAAGCAUGAACUACCCCCUAACCUUGGACAUGGACCUUAUGAACUACAAUCUGGAGGACAUGUACAAGGAACUAGGCAAUUACAGCGACAGCACCGAGAGCCCCGUGGUGGAAAAUCACCUCUGCUCCAUGGUGGAGGGGCCCGUCCUGGCCUCCUUCAAGGCUGUGUUCAUGCCAGUGGCCUACGGCUUCAUCUUCCUCCUGGGUAUGAUGGGCAACAUCCUGGUGCUGGUGAUCCUGGAGCGGCAUCGGCAGACACGCAGCUCCACGGAGACCUUCCUGUUCCACCUGGCAGUGGCCGACCUCCUGCUUGUCUUCAUCCUGCCUUUUGCUGUGGUCGAGGGCUCCUUGGGCUGGCUCCUGGGCACUUUCCUCUGCAAAACUGUGAUCGCUCUGCACAAGGUCAACUUCUACUGCAGCAGCCUACUCCUGGCCUGCAUCGCCGUGGACCGCUACCUGGCCAUCGUCCACGCCGUCCACGCCUACCGCCACCGCCGCCUCCUCUCCAUCCACAUCACCUGUGCCACCAUCUGGCUGGUGAGCUGCCUCUUUGCCUUGCCGGAGAUCCUCUUUGCCAAAGUCAGCCAACCCCAUCACAACGACUCUCUGCCGCGCUGCACCUUCUCCCAGGAGAACCGGGCUGAAACCAAUGCCUGGUUCACCUCCCGCUUCCUCUACCAUCUGGGAGGAUUCCUGCUGCCGAUGCUGGUGAUGGGUUGGUGCUACGUAGGGGUGGUGCACAGGCUGUGUCAGGCCCAGCGGCGCCCUCAGAGGCAGAAGGCAGUCAGGGUGGCCAUCCUGGUGACGAGCGUCUUCUUUCUGUGUUGGUCACCCUACCACGUUGUCAUCUUCCUGGACACUCUGGUGAGGCUGAAGACCGUGGGCUAUGGCUGUGAGCUGAAUGGCUACCUCUCUGUGGCCAUCACCAUGAGUGAGUUCCUGGGCCUGGCCCACUGCUGUCUCAAUCCCAUGCUCUACACCUUCGCAGGCGUGAAGUUCCGUAGUGACCUGUCUCGCCUUCUGACCAAGCUGGGCUGUGCUGGCCCUGCAUCCCUUUGCCAGUUACUCCCUAGUUGGCGCAAGAGCAGUCUCUCUGAGUCAGAGAAUGCCACCUCCCUCACCACCUUCUAG